AACAGGGAUACAUUUGUGCACAAAAAUUGAGAGAAAUAAGCUUUUUGUGCAUAUGGAACAUUUCUGGGAUAUUUUAUUUCAGCUCAUGAAACCAACACUUUAGAUGUUGCGUUUAUAUUUUUGUUCAGUGGAGUUAAUCUUAACCACUCAGAAGGGUAUCAUGCUAUUUACAAGUGUUGUGUACAAAGAAAUUUGUAUAUAAUUUGUCUUAAUACUUAAGAGUCUGCGUCAAUCUAAUUAACAUAAUACAACAAUUCCCAUCAAAAUCCAUAUCUGUAUGGGCUUUUUUGCAUGGGCUGCAUCUAAAUCCGCCGAUGUCGGCCUUCCGCAUCUGCGGUGGAAAUUGGCAGAGCUACAGCACUGUUUGUCAGACCAGUAGACAUUGAAAAUUGGUCUUCUCACGAAAACGCAGAGCCCGAACGGUUUAGCCGACUAACUAAUAUGACCACUAUAUGAAAAGAUGAGACUCACGAACACGAUGGUGUACUCCGUUUUUCUCUACGACCCCCACAAGCCCCAUGGGACUGGUCUAAAAUCAUUACCGCCCAUGUGCCAACGUCUGUCUGUAGCAUCUGAACCGUUUGGGCUACAAACUAAUAUAACCCACAGGAGGUUGGUGAAGCCUUCAUUGAGGAGAGCGGGCUUGUGGUAAUGGCUGGAGUGGAAUGGUAUCAAAUAAAUGGUUUCCAGGUGUUUGAUGCCAUUCCAUUUGCUAUGUUCCGACCGUUAUUAUGAGCCGUUCUUCCCUCAGCAGCCUCUGCUGAUAUGACCCCAUAUUGGAAAGGGGAGACUUACGAACACGUUGGUAUUUCUGUUUUGCUCUACAACCCCCACAACAACGACAGGACUCGACUGAAGUUUCACAGCCGUGCUUGUUUAGAGCUCCCUCAUAAUCGGUUCAGAGACAACACAAGUUGACACAUUCCAGAGUGGACUUGGCUCCCCAUCUGUCGGCUUACCUUGGUUUAGUCAAUCAUUAACCACUGCUAUCAGGAAAGCAUCGUUCAGACGACAGGACGCCAUCUCAACACGGAACUGACAAGACACUCGCCAAGUGUCCGUCCUCUGAGAAUAGAAAAACAAAGUAUCGUCCUUUAUUACAUCAGUCUUUCUAUACGAGGGUUUGUGGUGUUAGUGGGAACUGUGCUCUCUGAGAGGAUGAGGAGAGGAGUUAACUGCAGCUGGUUAGGAGCAGAGAUCCCGCUGUCCUGGGAGUUCUUCAGUGUGAUCAAGGAUGAGCUAUGGCUGUUUCUCAUUCCUGCUGGGUUCGCUGUGAUCAUGCUGGCCCUGUUCCUAGAAGAGGUGGGCUUCUUCCUGCGUCACGUGUCCUACUCCAGACGCCGGCACCUCUACCUGUGGAUACUGGGCAUGUACCCGGUCUUUGGCUUAACCUCAAUCAUUGCGCUGUACGUUCCUCGCUCCUCCUCACUAUGUAGCUUCAUAGCUUCUCUGUACCACUCCAUUACUUUGCUAAAGUUUAUGGGGCUCAUCACAGACUUCUUUGGGGGUAAGGCCCGCAUGCUGGAGAUCUUAGCUGGAGAACAGGUGUCUCCGGAUCCGUUCCCAUGUUGCUGCUGCUGUUGCCUCCCUAUGAUAGCCAUCAACAGGACCAGCCUGGGAUGGAUGAUGGCUGCUGUGCUGCAACUGUCUGUGGUCAGAACCAUCCUGUUCUUUGUCACUCUGGUCCUCUGGACAGAUGAGCAGUAUGACUAUGGAGAUGUGGAUUAUGCCAAUCCCAAUAUGUACAUGAAUGUCAUCAUAGGCGUGUCUACCUUCUUGUCCUUCUAUGGCCACCUGCUGUUUUACAAGGCCACCAAAAAGGCCUUGCCUGGCUAUGGGCUGAGGGCCAAAUUUGUCUGUAUCAUUGUAGUGUUGGUGCUGUGUGGCCUUCAGAGUGGAAUCCUGGAGACCAUGGGGGCCCUGGAGGUGGUGCCCUGCACCCCUCCCUUCUCUGUCCUCAUGCGUUCCCAGCUAAUUUACCACUACUCUGUGAUUGUGGAGAUGUUCUGCAUAUGCCUCUUUGCCCGCCACACGUUCCGUAAAGUGGAGCCUAGUCUAGAGGAGGGCUUUGGGCUGGAGGAGAGGCCCCCCAGAGGCAUGCUGAUGGAGAAGGCGGUUCAGACUGAAGACGUGGUGCCACUCGGGGAGAACCCCUGGCCUUGCUGGGAAGGUGCCGGAGUCUCCAAUCCCGACUGUAUUAGGGACAGCAGUGAGGACAGCCUUUGUAAAGUCGAACACGCCCCUUUGGAUUGCUUCCCUUUCCCUCUUCAACCGAGACGUCAAGAGACGGUGAGGCCAGAAAACGUAACUGAUGAAAGUGGCACUUUGGAGUUGCCCAAACUGACUGUCACUGCUGACAUCAAUGUUGUAGAGUCUAGAAAUUUUACUGUUGUAUGACAACAUGGAAUGUACUGUCCUGGAAUCUCCUGGUGGGAAGACAACAUAGGGGUCACCUCCAGAAAAUGGAAUAAACACACCAUACCGCUUGAGGUACUACCUUAACCAGUUUGUUCCUUUUUGCGUAUAUUGACUGAGACUCUUGCUCAAUGCAUUCUAUCUAUUCCUUAGCUGAAUGAAGAUGGUAGCUACUGGUGUGAUAGGCUGUCAUUUUUUCCUACCCAGAUUUUUUCUCUACUUUUUAUACUCUACAUUUUGUUUUGCAAUGUUAUCUCAAAAAGCCAAUAAACUCAUUUUUAAAACGCCUAUUGCACAAA